ACUCGUCCUAGCGAAAUAAAAAAAUAAAGCGGGGGCAGGGCUCGGGCAGCAUCCCCGGCACGGGGGAGCGCGGGUGCGUGCGCGGGGGGCGCCCCGGGGCCCCGCCGCCCCCCGCCGCACCGCAGCGUGCGGGCAGCGAUGCGCCCCGCGCCCGGCGCUGCGGAAUAGCGCGGCCGCCGCUCGCCCUCCGCGGGCCGGGGGCGCACGGACCCCACCGCCGGCCGUUCCCUCUUGAUGUCCAUGAAUGCAAACACCAUGAUUUUCAUGAUCCUGGGCGCCUCUGUCGUUAUGGCAAUAGCUUGCUUGAUGGACAUGAAUGCGUUGUUGGACAGAUUUCACAAUUACAUCCUACCGCACCUGAGAGGGGAGGACCGAGUUUGUCACUGCAACUGUGGAAGGCACCACGUGCAUUAUGUCAUCCCUUACGACGGGGACCAGUCGGUGGUGGACUCCUCGGAGAAUUAUUUUGUGACUGACAAUGUAACCAAGCAGGAGAUCGACCUGAUGCUGGGACUUUUGCUGGGGUUUUGUAUAAGCUGGUUCCUGGUGUGGAUGGACGGGGUGCUCCACUACGCCGUGCGCGCCUGGAGGACCAGCCGACGGUAUGACAACUCGUGGUCCUGGAUUCCGAAGUUCUGUAACCUGAAGGAGCUGCGGAAGCGCCACCACCGGCAGUACGAGGAGGCCACGGGGAACAUGGUGCACAUCAAACAGAAGCUGUACCACAACGGGCACCCCAGCCCGCGGCACCUCUGAGCCCCGCAGCCAGCUCCGAACCCACGCAGGAAUUCCCUCUUCCCUCGGGAAUGAAUCCACGCAGGAAUCCCGCUCUUCUUCCCUUGGGAAUGAAUCCACGCAGGAAUCCCGCUCUUCUUCCCUCGGGAAUGAAUCCACGCAGGAAUCCCGCUCUUCUUCCCUCGGGAAUGAAUCCACGCAGGAAUCCCGCUCUUCUUCCCUUGGGAAUGAAUCCAUGCAGGAAUCCCGCUCUUCUUCCCUUGGGAAUGAAUCCACGCAGGAAUUCCCUCUUCCCUUGGGAAUGAAUCCACGCAGGAAUCCCGCUCUUCUUCCCUUGGGAAUGAAUCCACGCAGGAAUCCCGCUCUUCCCUUGGGAACAGCCUCUGCCCCGCUCCCGAGGAUUUUUUGGGAGCUGUCCGUGGGUGGACACGCCACGAUGCACAAUUGAAGCCAGUCCUGGGUGCUCUGCAGCCGAGGCUUUGCACUGUGUUCCACGUUUUAGUGCCGGAUUUGUGUAUAUAUGUAAAAAAAAAAAAGGGGGAAAACAAAAACAAAACAAAACAAAACAAA